GAGUGAUGCUUGUCACCAAGAUUAAUACCAGUAUUUGAACCAAGAACCUCCAAAGAAGAAAAAUGAAGGUCAGACUCAGAGAAAGCUCUUCGUCACGGCAACAGAAUGUACAAAAGCGAGUGUAGUUUUGCAGCCACGCACCUCUCCAUUUUUACGCCUAUAAAGUUAACAACCACCACCAUCACCACCGCUAAAAGCCUCUUCCUUUCUUGCAUUCUUCGUGUUCGAUGAAAUGAAGAGAUUGAAGAGUUAUUAUAUGCACUUGAGACACCAUCACGCAAUGGAGGGAAAAUGGAUCUUUCCAUUAGUGAUUGGGUCUAUGGUUUCUCUCUUCCUUCUCUUCCUCACCACUCUAACCUCACCGGACGGUACACCGUUUCUUCCUUUCUACCGUUCAAUCACCGGGACGGGCUCUGUUUUCGUUGAGUCCAAGCUCAAACCUUUACCUAUUUCGACCUUACCUCCACCGCCUCGGUUUGCGUACCUAAUCUCUGGUUCUAGAGGAGACGGUGUGAUGCUGAAGAGGACUCUGUUGGCGCUCUACCACCCGAGUAAUCAGUAUGUUGUGCAUUUGGACAGGGAGUCUCCGGCGGAUGAGCGGCUCGAUCUGCAGAAUUUUGUGGAGAAUCACUCGAUAUUCCAGAAAUUUAAGAAUGUGAAUAUGAUUACCAAGGCGAAUUUGGUGACCUACAGAGGACCUACAAUGGUGGCGAAUACCUUGCACGCGGCCUCGAUCUUGCUCAAGAAGGGUGGGGAUUGGGAUUGGUUCAUCAAUCUCAGCGCAUCUGAUUAUCCUCUCGUCACCCAGGAUGAUCUGCUGCACACAUUUUCGUACUUGCCGCGGGAUCUCAAUUUCAUUGAUCAUACGAGUAAUAUUGGCUGGAAAGAAUUUCAGAGGGCGAAGCCGAUAAUAGUAGAUCCAGGGUUGUAUAUGGAUAAGAAGGCUGAUGUUUUCUGGGUGACACAGCGGAGAAGCGUGCCUACGGCGUUCAAACUAUUUACAGGUUCUGCCUGGAUGGCACUUUCUCGACCUUUUAUUGAUUAUUGCAUAUGGGGAUGGGACAAUCUGCCUCGAGUUGUUCUCAUGUAUUAUGCAAACUUCAUAUCAUCCCCAGAAGGUUAUUUUCACACUGUCGUAUGCAAUGCUCAGGAGUUCCGUAACACCACUGUGAAUAAUGACCUUCAUUUCAUAUCAUGGGACAACCCUCCAAAGCAGCAUCCACACCACCUCAACAUUAACGACAUGCAAAAGAUGGUUGAUAGUAACGCGCCAUUUGCCAGAAAGUUCCACCAAGAUGAUCCCGUGCUUGACAAAGUUGAUUCUGAGCUUUUGUCUCGUGGUUCAGGAAUGCCUACUCCUGGUGGUUGGUGCAUAGGAAGUAGAGAAAAUGGUACAGACCCAUGCUCUGUAAUUGGAGAUCCCGCAAUCCUCAGACCUGGACCUGGAGCGAAACGGGUGGAAACUUUGAUCAGCUCUCUGUUAUCUGCUAAUAACUUUCGACCAAGACAGUGCAAGUGACAAAUACCUACAACCCUUGGAUUAAAGUUAUGUCUCAUAUCAAAUAUCAAUGGGGAUAGACUAUGUCCUUAAAAACGCAAGAAGAUACGGCGACGUAACCAGUAUUUCUUUGUGUUAGUUGAAAGAAGAACGCAGAAAUGUUAAAGUUUCACUGGUUUAGAGACAUAAAGGUGGUGGGUUUUGGUUAAAGGAUAUCAGUUACGGGGGGUGGGAUUGCUUUUUCCGCCAAAACACAUGUUAUGUGGGACUGAACACAUCUUAUGUCAAUGUAUACCCUUUAUUUGCAGUGUUGCAAAAAUCGGCCUAGUCGGCCGACUAGUCGCUAGUCGAGGCUUGCCGCUUCGACUAGAGGGUAAUCGGGCCUUUAUUUGUUUUCCUUUUUGUUCUUUCACGUACUGUAACUCUUACCCAGCAUUACAAAGAAUCGAAUGGAAGAAACCUUUUAAGGAUUAAUGCAUAUCUAUCGAUUGUUUUUGUUAA